AUGACUGAAGUUUGUGACAGAUGGUGGUGCUGGACAUUGGCUGAAUAUUCAGAGUUCAGGAUGCCGCCAAAAAAGGGACGAAAACAGAAGACCGAGAGCUCAGAUGAAGAAUUCUCCAAGCCCGUUCCUAUAGAAGACAAGAGCAGCAGCGAGUCCGAGUCAGAGGAAGAGAAGCCCACAACAAAAUUCAAGGGCUUUGCGGUCUCAAGUUCGUCUUCUGAAGAAUCUGAUUCAAGUAGCGAGAGUGAUUCUGAGGAAACUUCCUCAGGCUCAUCAGAAAGUGAGAGCGAAUCAGAAAAGGCUCCCGCGAAGCCAAUUGAACCAGAGAAGAAGGAACCUGUGCAAGCUAAGGCGAAAGCCAAAGGCAAGGCCAAAGCCAAGCCUCAAGCGAAAGCGGCAGAGGAACUUGCAAAUAUUGACGAUCUAUUAGCAGAGAUUGAAGCCCCAAGGGAGAUACCUCAACCAAAAGCAAAGGCAAAAGGGAAAGCAGCAGCUUCAAAAAAAGGUGCAAAAAAGGCUGACAAAGAUUCUGACGACGACCUCGAUGCGCUUCUAGCCGAAGUUCUUCCAGAAUCACAAAAACCUGCAAAAACAGAACCUGCAGGAGAAAAACCGAAAGAAGAAAAAGUGCAAGAGCAACAAAAUGAGGCAAAAACAGAAAAAGAAAAGUCCGAAGUGCCUACCGCCGGCGCAGAGGAAAGCAGUGGGGAUGAAAAUGAACAAGGAAGGACACCACUGCGGCCCCCAAGUCAAAAGCAGUUUCCGGAAUUGCCCUUCUGGCGCAGAGAACGUAUGUUUUCACUAGAUGUCCCAAAUUCAUCUUCGCUUUGUUUUUCUGUCCAUUGCAUUUCGCUUCCUUUUUCUUUGUUCAGUCGUUUGCAGGUGGAGGAAGCAGAAAGAUUGAGAAAAGAGGAAGAGCAGCGAUUGAAAGAAGAAGAAGAACGACGUGAACGUGAAGAAGUCGAAAAAUUGAGAUUAGAAGAGGAAGAAAGAGAACGCAAAAGAAAG